UGGUCGGCGCCAUGAGGCUCCGGCGGGACGCGGCGCGAUCGCGUCACUUCCGUGCGACGCGUGAUGCUGGCGGCGGGCGGUUCGGGGCCCGGCGGUUCGGGCGGCUCCGGAACCGGGCCGGGUCCCGGCGGCGGGGACGGGGACUUCCUGUCGCGGUACCGGCUGGUGUCGGCCAAACUGCGGCGGCGGUUCCUGCGGAAGCCGAACGUGGCGGAGGCGGCGGAGCAGUUCGCGGCGCUGGCGCGGGAGCUGCGCGCUCAGGAGAGCCUGCCGUACGCGGCGUGGUGCCAGCUGGCGGUGGCGCGCUGCGCGCAGAGCCUGUUCCACGGCCCGGCCGAGGCGGCGGCGCUGUGCGAAGCGGCGCGGCUGUUCCUGCGCCAGGAGCGGGACCUGCGGCAGCGCCUGGCUCUGCGCGGGGGGUUCGGCGAGCACCUGGCGGCGGCGCAGAGCUGCGGGGCGUUCGCCGCCCGCCUGCACCUGGAGCGGGGGCAGCCGGCGCUGGCGGCCGGGCUCUGCCUGGAGAUGGCGGCGGCGCUGCGAGACACGGGCCGGCCCGCCCGCGCCGCCGCGCACCUGCAGAGGGCGGCCGAGCUGCUGACGGCCGCUAAGCUGCCCCUGGAGGCGCUGCGCUGCCUGACGGAGCGCGCCUCCUGCCUGCUGCUGGGCCGCGACUACGCCGGGGCUCUGGCCGCGCUCACCCGGGCGCAGGCGUUGGCCGGAGCCGGAGCCGGGAUCGGGACCGGGGGCGGCGGCGGCGGGGCCGCGCCCGGAGGAGCCUUCCUGGACGCGCUGGUGAGCUGCGAGGUGUCGCGGGUGCUGCUGCUGCUGCUCCUGCAGCCGCCGCCCGGCAAGCUGCCGCCCGAGCACGCCCGCACGCUGGAGCAGUACUGCUGGGAGCCGCCCGAGGGCGGCGCGGCGGGCGGGGGGCUGCCGGCGGCUGCCGGUUACCUGCCCGCACGGCUGUUCCUGCUGCUGCAGUCCGCAGUGCUGGCCUGCCAGGAGAAGGACGCGGCCGCGCUGCGGGCGCUGCAGGCGGAGCUGUGGCCGCUGCUGAGCGCCGAGCAGAACCACCUGCUGCACCUCGUGCUGCACGACCUGCUCAGCCCCGCGGGGAACGGGCUGUGAGCGCCAGCACCGCCGUGCCCGGAGCAUCCAGGACUGAUACGGAACUGUCCUGCUCGGGGGCUGCCGGCGGGACGGGCUCGGGUCGAUUGAGCCCCGCCGGCGGGGCGUGUAACACCGUGUAUCACCGUGUAACACCGUGUAUUACCAUGUAGUACCGUGUAACACCGUGUAGUGCCAUGUAACACCAUGUUACGGCCCGGCUCGGGGCCUGCAAUAAAGCUGCGGAGCGGGC